AUGUUGGGUGUCAUGCCCGAUGGCAGCAAGGUGUUCGUGAUCGGCCCCGGCCAGAGGCUGGCCGUCAUUUGCUGUUGUGAACUGGUCCAGGAGAAUGUGAACAAGAAUAUGACACCCUGUCCAAACGGUGCCGUCAGUUCAAAGUCGAUCUCGAAUCCCUGGACGGAGUGGUCUGCCGCCAGAUCGAGAGUGACACGGCGAGGCGUAGGGAUCCAGUCAGAUUUGAGGUACUUUGCAAUAUCCGUCGUGAUUCCCAUCUUGCCCUCUAUCCAACGCAGCCACCUUGCCGGAGCUGGAGUUUGUAAACGUGCCCGACUUUCGAACGAUGAUCUUUGCCGAGUGGACGACGAGGUUGAGUGCCGCAAACAGUUUGCUGUUGAGAGGAUCCGUUGGCGUCGAAGGAUCGAUGCCGCUGACAUUGAAAGCCAGACGCAGCACCGGCUCGUAGUCCAUGCCAGGCAUGAACCACAACGCAUUCCGAUGACCCUGCUCCGCUACCGGCGUCAACUCAAGACCUAUGGCCGAGGCUCCGGCAGCGAGGAAGGCUGGCACAGGCACUAUCAGUUCGUUGCAGACCGCCUUGAGCGUCGUGGUCGCCAUGUGGAGCCUCGAGACGAACCCAUCUUGCAGGCCGCCGCCUUCGUCGUCCUCGUCAGGAUCCAACUCUGGCUCCUGAAGGAAGCCAUCCCCGGCGAUAUCAAUCACGGUCACAGCAUCUGCCUCGCUCGGGCCACCGGGUUGCCAGUGGGCCGCGAGCGGGAAGGCCUCCCACACAACUUGCACCUCCUGCUGCGACAGCUUCCCACCGUUCACCCCGAUCCGUCGUCCGUUCCAGUCAUACGAACCGGCAAUGUCGUUUCCAUCAGCCUGCGACUCGACUCGGACGCAGGACAAUGA